AUGGGAGCAGCUAGGGAUCUUUGGUUGCGAUGGAAGAUGCUGAGGUUGCCGUGGAGGAAGAAGUUCCUAAUAGGUCAAGACCUUCACGGCAACACUUUCUGGGAAUUCAAAGACACCCUCAAUCCCGGUCGAUGGCGGCGUAUAGUGAAAGCGGAUCGCCGAACACACUUUUCCGACGUCCAAGUAUCGCCCCAAUGGCAUCAAUGGCUGCGACAAACUCGUGCAGAUGCCCCGACUCUACAGGAACAGGCUGCGGAUCUUCAGAGACAAGCUUUGUUGAAGCAGAAUGCUCGCCUUGCUGAUGCAAGAUGGGCCGCAAAAGCAAGAUACAUCGAGGAACCUAAGCCUGCUUCUACAUCUUCAUUGCCUGGUGACCCUGUAACAGACAGGCCCAGCGCUGAAUCCAUUCAAAGGCAAGCUCCCACGUCGCCGAAGUCAAAAAGUACCGUUGAAACUCCUACACCUUUUCCGAAAGAAGCUCCUGCGAAGACGCCGAAAGAUGCCGGAGCGAACCCGGGAGCCGCCUGGCAGCCCCAAGCAUGGGCCCCCGGGCCUGCGAAACGAUGA